AUGACGGAAAUAAUGGAAGCCAAGCCAAACAUUGCCUUUAUUGGCUUAGGCGCUAUGGGCAUGGGCAUGGCCUUACACUUGUUCAAAGAUGGUUUCGCUGUGAGUGGGUUUGAUGUCAACCCUUUCGCCCUAGAGAAACUGCUCGCCAUGGGCGGCACUGCUGCUUCGAGCCCGCGAGAAAGCGUUCGGGAUGCGUCAAUUCUUGUUUGCAUGGUUGCAAAUCUUUUGCAGACCGCGAACGCAUUCUUUACCGAGUCAACGGGCGCAGUGUUUGGCAUGAAACCGAACACGAUUAUCAUCUUGUGCUCAAUUGUUGCUCCGGGAUUCCAACAAGAGACUCUGGACCGCAUUCACCAAGAGUUCCAAAGGACAGAUAUACAGUUGGUUGACUGUCCUGUCUCCGGCGGAACCAUCCGCGCCGCUCAGGGCAGCCUGACCAUCCUGUCAUCGGGACAAAGGGAUGCUUUGAUGACUGCCCAGCCAGUCUUGGAAUCUAUGAGCGAGAAAUUAUACGAGAUAAAAGGGGGUCUAGGUGCCGCAAAUAAGGUCAAGCUCGUUAACCAGCACCUUGCUGGAGUCCAUAUCGCCUUCGCCGCAGAGGCAAUGGGACUAGCUGCGACUCUGGGACUAAAUACGAAACAAUUCCACGAUACCGUUCUGAGCAGCCCGGCAAAGAGUUGGAUGUUUGAGAACCGAGUACCUCAUAUGCUCUCAAACGACUGGACACCCCACUCUGCCCUUAGUAUCUUCGUCAAAGAUCUGCGAAUUGUUACCUCCGAAGGUGUCAUGCAGGACUUCCCUCUCUAUAUCGCAUCUGCAGCAGAGGGGCUUUAUCAAUUUGCCGCACGAGUGGGAUACGAGAGGGAAGAUGAUGCGGAUCUUGUUCGAAUAUUUAUACCUCACAACCCAUCUCUGGUUUCGACAGCCACAAAGUACCAGAGCCAUGAAAAUGAUAAUCAACCUGACGUCAAUUAUUUCAAAUGCGGCUGGUGUGAGCGAGUCCUUCAAAAGAGUGGCCUCAAGUCUGGUGAUUCAGUAUCUGGAUGUACCAUCGCAAAGACACGGAGCAAACUAAAAGAAGUAAUAACUCUCGCCCAAAUGCAUAAUUAUCCUAUCCAACUCACAGCUACUACAUUCCGGCUUCUACAACGGGCUGUCACAUAUGGACUGGGAGAUGAAGGCGAAACGGCACUACUUAAGCUAUGGACUAUUACAAAUUCCUCUAAAGAAAGCUUGCACGUUACCGAAUAUGAACCGAUAUUCCUCUCCGAAGAAUUCGCAUCGCUACCAAAGUUUGCACACAGCACGGAGAACAUAUUGGAAAAGAUGCAAGACCAUUUGCGUGCAAAGCAGAACUCGAAGCUCGUUGUUCUGGACGACAAUCCAACUGAAACACAGACAUGCAACGAUACCAAAGUUCUUACCAUGGGAUAUCGAUAUUCUAGCAACAGAAUUUCGUUCAGAAAGCGGCGGUCUCUGCAUUCUGACCAACAGUCACGCAUUGCCCCCCAAACAAGCUCGAACAUUAGUCAGUGA